GCAAACCGUCAGCGCGUCCUCGCGUUUCUCUCCCUCCGCCGCAUCUCUCCCUCCGCGGGAACAGGAGGAAAAAGGAGGAAAAAGGAGAAAAGAGGAGGAAAAAAGGAGGAAUAAAAACCCCAAACAGCGGCUUUUCUUUCCUGCGUGACGCGCCGCGGCGGUGGACGCACCUGAGGACGCGCCCGGACCCUGGACCCGCCCGGACCCGGACCCGGACCCGGACCCCCCCGGACCCGGACCUGGACCCUGGAUCUUCCUCGGCGCGGCCCCCGAACCCCCGCCCGCCCCCGCCCCCGCCCCCCCCCUCCCCCGGAGCGCAGCUGGAUCCGCAGCUGGACGGAGGGAUGGAAGUGAGAAAACCCAGCGGAUCCGCCACAAGCUCGUCCUCCCGCCCGACGAAAUGAGGGAGGAAGCUGCCGUCGCCACGACGACCAGAGAAGUCCACUCAGUCCGACGUGGCACCGAAGGUCCGAACUUCCUCUCCUCUAAAGAGUAGAGACAUAUUUACCAGGGAUUCCGUCCUGCCAUCACUGGACACCUAAAGACUGUUAACCACCACGACUGUUAUCCCUCCAUCGCCCUUUUCCUUGAAAGCUUAUUUUUGUAAGAAAUAUUUAUCCGAAUAUAUAUAUAUAUCUACAUAUCUUGUGGGUAAAACUGUGGAUUCUUGAAACUCAACCAAACCAAACUUAAGAUUUCUACGGGACGCCCUCUUGGAUUUACGCAGCGAUGGAUCUUGUAUGUUUUUACAUCGGGCUGCAGAUGUUGCUGGGCUCGGUUCUGGGACUGGACUUCCUGGGCUCGCCGGGCCAGUGGGCCCGCUACCUCCGCUGGGACGCCAGCACCCGCGGCGACCUCAGCUUCCAGCUGAAGACGGAGGCGUCGGACGCGCUGCUGCUGUACUUUGACGACGGCGGCUACUGCGACUUCCUGCAGCUGUCGGUGGCCGGGGGCCGGCUGCGGCUGCGCUUCAGCAUCGACUGCGCCGAGGCGGCCGUGGUCUCCGACGGCCGGGUGGACGACGGCGGCUGGCACGCCGCCACGCUGAGCCGCUACGACCUGCGCACGGCGCUGGUGCUUGACGGCCGGGCCACGGCGGACGAGGUGCGGCCGCAGCGCCGCUUCAUGCGGGUGGUGAGCGACCUGUUCCUGGGCGGCGUGCCGCAGGACGUGCGCGGCGGCGCGCUGACGCUGCCCGCCGUGCGGGACAUGCGGCCCUUCAGGGGCACCAUCACGGACCUCCGGUACGGCACCGCGCCGCCGCUGCUCCUGGGGAGCCUUAAGGUGCCCCUGGAGUCGGAGGGGCGCUGCACCGUCAACCCCUGCGAGAACGGCGGCGCCUGCCUGGUGGUGGACGGGGAACCGGCCUGCGACUGCUCCAAGACCGAGUACAAGGGACCGUUCUGCAGCCAAGAGGUCGGCAGCAAAACUCCAGGCCUCGCUCAUAUGAUGGCAGAACAAGCGCGGGAAGAGAACGAGGCCACGUUCCGCGGCUCGGAGUAUUUCUGCUACGACCUCUCCCAGAACCCGAUCCAGAGCAGCAGCGACGAGAUCACGCUGUCGUUCAAGACGUGGCAGCGGAACGGGCUGAUCCUGCACACGGGCAAGUCGGCGGACUACGUGAACCUGGCGCUGAAGGACGGAGCCGUCUCCCUCGUCAUCAACCUGGGCUCCGGCGCCUUCGAGGCCAUCGUGGAGCCGGUGAACGGCAAGUUCAACGACAACGCGUGGCACGACGUCAAGGUGACGCGCAACCUCCGGCAGCAAACGCGCAGCGGCUUCUAUCUGGUGAACAAACUCCAGUGUCUGGUAACCAUCUCCGUGGACGGGAUCCUCACCACCACCGGCUACACCCAGGAGGAUUACACCAUGCUGGGAUCGGACGAUUUCUUCUACGUGGGGGGGAGUCCCAGCACGGCCGACCUGCCGGGCUCGCCGGUCAGCAACAACUUCAUGGGCUGCUUGAAGGAGGUGGUUUACAAGAACAACGACAUCCGUCUGGAACUUUCCCGCAUGGCCCGGAUCCUGGACCCGAAGAUGAAGAUCCAGGGCGAGGUUAGCUACCGCUGCGAGAACGUAGCGACGCUGGACCCCAUCUCCUUCGAGACGCCCGAGGCGUUUAUCAGCCUACCCAAGUGGAACACCAAACGCAUGGGCUCCAUCUCCUUCGACUUCCGCACCACCGAGCCCAACGGACUCAUCCUGUUCACGCACGGAAAACCGCAGGAGCGCAAGGACGCGCCGGAGCGCAAGGACGCACGGAGCACCAAGAACACCAAGGUGGAUUUCUUUGCCGUGGAGCUCCUGGACGGCAGCCUGUACCUGCUCCUGGACAUGGGCUCGGGGACCAUCAAGGUCAAGGCCACGCAGACCAAGGUCAACGACGGCGCCUGGUACCACGUGGACAUCCAGCGGGACGGACGCUCAGGCACCAUCUCGGUGAACAGUCGCCGGACUCCGUUCACGGCGAGCGGCGAGAGCGAGAUCCUGGACCUGGAGGGCGACAUGUACCUGGGGGGGUUGCCUAGCGACCGCUCCGGCCUCAUCCUGCCCACCGAGCUGUGGACGGCUAUGCUAAACUACGGCUACGUGGGCUGCGUCCGCGACCUCUUCAUCGACGGCCGCAGCAAGGACAUCCGGCAGAUCGCCGAGGCGCAGAACGGCGCCGGCAUCAAACCGUCGUGCAACAAGCAGCCGGGGAAGCAGUGCGACAGCUACCCGUGCAAGAACCGCGGGGUCUGCAAGGAGGGCUGGAACCGCUUCAUCUGCGACUGCACCGGCACCGGAUACUGGUCCCGCACCUGUGAGAGAGAGGCGUCCACCCUGUCGUACGACGGCAGCAUGUACAUGAAGGUCGUCCUCCCGACGGUGAUGCCCACCGAGGCCGAGGACGUGUCCCUGCGGUUCCGGUCCCAGCGGGCCUACGGGCUCCUCAUGGCCACCACGUCCCGGGACUCGGCCGACACGCUGCGCCUGGAGCUGGACGGCAGCCGCGUCAAGCUAACAGUCAACCUAGACUGUAUCAGGAUAAACUGUAACUCCAGUAAGGGACCGGAGACGCUGUAUGCCGGGCAAAAGCUCAAUGAUAAUGAAUGGCAUACAGUGCGUGUGGUGCGCCGCGGCAAAACCUACAAGCUAACGGUUGACGAUGAUGUAGCAGAAGGGACCAUGGUGGGCGACCACACCCGGCUGGAGUUCCACAACAUCGAGACGGGAAUCAUGACGGAGCGCCGCUUCGUCUCCGCUGUCCCGUCCAGCUUCAUCGGCCACUUACAGAGCCUCAGGUUUAACGGGAUGCUCUACAUCGACCUGUGCAAGAACGGCGACAUCGAUUACUGCGAGCUGAACGCCCGGUUUGGCGUUCGCUCCAUCAUCGCCGACCCGGUGACGUUCAAGACGAAGAGCAGCUACCUGAGCUUAGCCACGCUGCAGGCCUACACGUCCAUGCACCUGUUCUUCCAGUUCAAGACCACGUCGGCCGACGGAUUCAUCAUCUUCAACUCCGGGGACGGAAACGACUUCAUCGCCGUGGAGCUGGUCAAGGGCUACGUCCACUACGUGUUCGACCUGGGAAACGGGCCGAACCUCAUCAAGGGGAAGAGCGAGCGAGCGCUGAACGACAACCAGUGGCACAACGUAGCGAUAACCCGGGACAACAGCAACACGCACACGCUGAAGGUGGACGCCGUGGCAACGAGCCAGAGCAUCAACGGAGCCAAGAACCUGGACUUGAAAGGCGACCUGUUCAUCGCGGGCCUGGGUCCGGGGAUGUACGCUAGCCUGCCCAAGCUGGUGGCGUCCCGGGAGGGUUUCCAGGGCUGCCUGGCGUCGGUGGACCUGAACGGCCGGCUUCCCGACCUCAUGAGCGACGCCUUGUUCCGCAGCGGCCAGAUCGAGCGCGGAUGUGAAGGGCCCAGCACCACCUGCCAGGAGGACUCCUGCUCCAACAUGGGCAUCUGCAUCCAGCAGUGGGAGAACUACACCUGCGACUGCAGCAUGACGUCGUACACGGGGACGCAGUGCAACGACCCCGGAACCACCUACAUCUUCGGGAAAGGCGGCGGCCUCAUCAAGUUCAGCUGGCCGGCUAACGAGCGUCCGAGCACGAGGACGGACAGACUGACGGUCGGAUUCAGCACGUCGCUGAAGGACGGAAUCCUGGUCCGGGUGGACAGCGCCGCGGGCCUGGGCGACUUCCUCAUGCUGCACAUCCAACAAGGCAAGAUCGGCGUGACGUUCAACAUCGGCACGGUGGACAUCUCGGUGACAGAGAGCAGCAUCCCGGUCAACGACGGAAAAUACCACGUGGUCCGGUUCACCCGGAACGGGGGCAACGCCACGCUGCAGGUGGACAACUGGGCCAUCAACGAGCACUUCCCCACAGGAAACAGCGACAUCGAACGCUACCAAAUGGCCAAUAAGAAGAUCCCUUUCAAAUACGCCCGGCCGGUGGAAGAAUGGCUGCAGGAGAAAGGACGUCAGCUGACCAUCUUCAACACUCAGGCGACGGUAGCUGUCGGCGGCAGCGACCACGGCCGGCCGUUCCAGGGCCAGCUGUCGGGCCUCUACUACAACGGCCUGAAGGUGCUGAGCAUGGCGGCCGAGGCUAACGCUAACGUGCGGGUCAACGGCAGCGUGAGGCUGGUGGGCGACGUGCCCAGCGUGGCCGGUUCGGCCCGGACCACCGCCACGUCCCCGGAGAUGUCCUUCAUCGAGACGACCACCAUGAUGUCCACGACAACGACGCGGAAACACCGGUCCUCCUCAACGGUGCAGCACUCGGUGGACGAGAUCGUGUCGUCGGCGGAGUGUUCUAGCGACGACGAGGACCUGGAGGAGUGUGAAAAGAACGACGCAGCACUCCCCACUGAGCCGGGCGUCAAGCGAGUCCCCGGGGCCUCGGAAUCGGCCCGCGAAGCUAGCAGCACCACCGGGAUGGUCGUCGGGAUAGUGGCGGCCGCCGCCCUGUGCAUCCUCAUCCUCCUGUACGCCAUGUACAAGUACAGGAACAGGGACGAGGGCUCCUACCAGGUGGACGAGAGCCGGAACUACAUAACCAACUCGGCCGUGACGAGCAACGUUAGCAACGGCACGGUGAACAAGGACAAGCAGCAAAGCCUGAAGGGCAAGAGACAGAAAAACAAGGACAAGGAGUAUUACGUGUGAACGAACGUUUGACUGUGACUGUGAGAGACUUUUUGGUCGAAACGAACGAAGCGAACGAAGUGAAGACAAAAGGCACAAAGAGAACUUUUAUUAUCGGUUUCCUUCGAGGAGCUUUUGACAAAAUGAUGGUAUGACGUGGAACUUGAAUAAUCCCAUACUGUGCUGAAGUAGUUGAACUGAUAUGUACUGUAACAUAAAGCACACUUACUAAUUAAGCAGACGCUUAAUGAAAAGGUUUAAAUAGCAAACUUUAGAGAAACCUUCCACUUCUUUUCUGGUCUGUCUGGUCAGAGACGUCGUUGGUUAUACAGAAAUAUCUCACAGCAUCAUUCUCCUAAGUGACUUUUAGAGCUAUGUGAUCAAUUUUUUUGUGAAAUUGUCAACUACGAAAAGGCUCAUAACCGACAUUUCCAGCAUGUAGUGCUUAAUCGAGAGAGAGAGGGGGUCAGGCACAAGUAAAAAGGACUCUUGUUAUCGAAAUAUUACAAAAUUUUUAUGGUUUAUAAAUAUUAUAAGUGUGGUGUCUUACUUAUUUUUUGCUUAAAAGCAAAAGAACUAAGAAAAAAGAUGAAAAGAGAAACUUAUUUCUUGUGUAUAAAGUCAAAGUGAGCACAUAGCCGAGGCCAGAGCCGCGUUACCGUUAGCGUAACCGUCUCUGAAAUCACCACCGGAAUAAUUCCCAUCGUCCAACGAAUGUUGAGACGCAUUCUGGAAUAAACGUCC